AUGGAAGAAGAGGACUAUUCUUCAGAUAUGGAUGAUGAAAUUUUAUCAUCAAUGUGGCCAGAAAAUUUAGGGAAAGAAUCCGACAAGCAGUUUAAUAUAGACAAACCAGCUGCAGAUCAAGAUAUGUUGGAUGAGGUUUCAAUAGCGGAGGAACCAUCUAUUGUGGAUUUCAAACGUCUCAUGGAAUUGACCAAUUUCAGUGAGAAAGGGUCUUCACAAUUGUCUUACCUAGUGAAGCAGUGGGAGCAUAAACAGGCCAAUGCCUUCCGUCUUCUCAAUGAACAAAUUGAUAUUUUAAACAAGCAAAAGCAAGAAGCUCAACUUAAGGAACUCGAAAUUUUGGAGGAGCAUAUGUUUGAGGCAGAUAAUUUUGUUGGAGACAAGAGGCCAAUUUCAAUUCUUCAAGAUGACUAUGCAUUUGGAGAUGCAACUCCAAUAUUUAACAAAGACAUUUCAAUUUGCAAAAAUAAAUGGCAAAUAGAUGUUGAACAUGAUUCUAUAGAGUAUUGGAAGGAGCGGGCCAAAAAAAUGGAAAAAUUACUUGAUGAAAGCCUUCAAAGAGAGAACAAACUUCAGGAGAAACUGCAAGAAAACCUAAGAGUUUUGGCAAAGGAAACUUCACCAGUAGAAGAAUUAUCUCAGAUUUUAAGGAGAGCAGACAAUUUUUUGCAUUUCAUUCUACAGAAUGCACCAGUCGUCAUUGGCCAUCAGGACAAGGAGUUGCGCUACCGUUUUAUCUACAAUCAUUUUCCAAGUCUCCAAGAAGAGGAUAUUAUAGGGAGAACUGAUGUUGAGAUAUUUACUGGCGCUGGUGUAAAAGAAUCUCAAGAUUUCAAGGCAGAAGUUUUACAACGUGGAUUACCAGCAAAGCGGGAAAUUACAUUUGAAACAGAGUUGUUUGGAACAAAGACUUUCUUAAUCUAUGUAGAGCCUGUUUUCAGCAAAACUGGAGAGACGAUUGGAGUCAAUUAUAUGGGAAUGGAUAUUACUGAACAGGUUGCAAAGAGAGAGAAGUUGGCAAAGCUUCGAGAGGAAAUAGCAGUGCGAAAUGCUAUGGAGACUGAACUCAACAAAACCAUACAUAUAACUGAGCAAACCAUGAGGGCAAAACAAAUGUUAGCAACCAUGUCUCAUGAGAUCCGUUCACCAUUAACUGGCGUUCUUGGAAUGGCUGAAAUGCUUGCACAUACUGAAUUAAAUGAAGAACAGCAGCAGUUGCUGGGUGUCAUGAUAUCCUCUGGGGAUUUGGUUCUUCAACUUAUAAAUGACAUUCUUGACCUGUCCAAAGUCGAAUCAGGAGCUAUGACGUUGGAAGCUACGAAUUUCAGGCCAAGAGAAGUUGUAAGACAUGUACUACAGACUGCUGCAGCAUCUUUGCAAAAGGAGCUAACCUUGGAAGGUCUUGUAACGGAAGAGGUGCCAUCAGAGGUUAUUGGUGAUGUUCUAAGGAUACGCCAAAUUUUGACCAACUUGAUUAGCAAUGCUAUCAAGUUUACACAUGAAGGAAAAGUAGGUAUAACAUUACGGGUGACAUCGCAGCCAUCCUUUGCAGAGAACCAGAAAGAUAGAAAGGAUUGUGGAGAUUUAUCUAAAUAUUCUAAAACAGAUACGAACACACAGCAAAAUGACACUUCCUUGUCUCAAAAUGGUGGUUUGGGUGGAGACAGGUCAUCCAAUGAUGUGAGUUGUGUAAUAGAUUCUAAGCAGUGUAGAGACACACAGAACCGAAUGGCAGAAUCAGAAACAAGACCAUUAUCGUCAAUAGAUGGAGAUGAAUACCUAGAUAUUGAUUCUGAUGACGAGGAGAAAAUUGUUUGGCUGCAUUGUGAUGUGUAUGACUCUGGGAUAGGAAUUCCAGAGAAAGCAUUGCCAGCCCUGUUCAAAAAGUACAUGCAAGUAAGUACAGAUCAUGCUCGAAAAUAUGGUGGAACUGGACUUGGUCUUGCAAUUUGCAAACAACUGGUGGAAUUGAUGGGGGGCCGUCUGACUGUAACAAGCAAGGAACAUUGUGGGUCAACAUUUUCUUUUGUGGUACCUUGCAAAGUACCGAAAAAGAGGACCUGUGAUGAAAUGGAUAAUGAUCUGCUAUAUGACAUGCCUCUUUCUGAAUGUGAAGCAAGAAGCGACAGUACAGCUGAAGAUGAUAAAAGAGCUUAUUUUCAGUUCAAACCACGUACAUUGGGUUCUUUAUUCUCAUCAGGUGAUGCAGCUCCCAGGUCCAAAGUUUUAUCUGCAGGCAAAAUAGACUCAAAUCACACCACUAAGAUGAAUGGCAUACACACAGGCUACAUGUUUCCCACUGGGGAAUCUACUCCAAGUUCAAAUCAAAAUUUAAGUUUAAACCAUGAUGUUGACAAGCAACACUCAGAGCUGGGAAGCGACUAUUUAACUGGAAUAGAAAAUGUCAACAAAGCAGUCAAUGAUUGCCCAUCAAAUGAUGAUUAUCAGCAUCUUCAAAUCACACACUCACCAAUGACAACUGAGAAAGACACUACUAUGAGACACUCUCAGGAAUCUCAGGAUUUGAAGCUUUCAUAUUUAGCACAUGAGAAUCAGGGAAAGAUGCAAAAGACCAACCAAAAGCCACCAGAAAAUAUUUCAGAUGCAAGGCAGAUGCAAUCUAGACCCAAGAUUCUUCUUGUUGAAGAUGAUCAGGUUAUUGUAAUGGUUACACAGUCCAUGAUGAAGCGGCUAGGUCAUAGCCCUGAUGUUGUUUCAAAUGGAGCAGAAGCAGUACAAGCAGUCAAAACAAAUAAUUAUGAUCUUGUUUUGAUGGAUGUAUGUAUGCCUGUAAUGGAUGGCCUUGAAGCCACUCGGUUGAUCCGCAAAUGUGAGCUGAGUGGAAAUUGGGAUGCUUCUGAAGUAGCGAGAGCUUGUAAAGCCGAUUGUUUGAUGAGUAUUCAUAUGAAUGGUCAAACAUCACCUUUUCCCAGGAAGAGAGUCCCAAUAAUAGCGAUGACAGCAAAUGCUUUGGCUGAAGGUAUUGAUGAAUGCUAUGCAAAUGGCAUGGAUUCUUUCAUUGCAAAACCUGUCACAUUACAGAAACUGAAGGAGACUCUCUGUCAAUAUAUCCCUGGAUAGGUUCAGUACUGAAAGCAGCCUAUAAGAAUAUACUAAGCGCUUGCAUAUAUUGGUGAAAAGUCUAUAUGCAGAAGAGAAAAAUUGUCUCCUUUUUUGUAUGUAAUUCAACCUUCACGUGGCAUAAAAAGUUGUCACAUUGUACCAUGCUUGUCCAUGUAAAAAGUUAAGUGUAGUCCAUUUUUUCCAUCACAUCAGAGUGUACCUUGUUCCAAUUCAAGCAUUCUUUCUCGACAACGUGGAAUACCAAUCAGAAGUUUCAGAUGUGUCAAAUACCAAUCACCAACCUAAACCAUUAGAGUACAGUUUCCUCUAAUAUAGUUUCUGUAUAUAAUUUUUCCGAUUUCAGGAGAGUAUCAAAUGAUAAUAUGAGGCAAGUCUGAGAA